AGGAGAGAAGAGAAGGAUGAUGCUGGGGGCGUCGUCGUUGCUGAACGGGCUUCGAUCUCCAUUGCCUUCAGCUCAUAAUUUGCGCAGCUUCGGCCGUGGGACUAAGCUCAUGCUCCUCUCGCCACCGCUCAGCGCCUCCGCUUCAUCCUCCACCAGCGAUCAGUCCAAAUCCAAGCCAUGGUUGCUCGUAGGCCUUGGGAAUCCUGGCAAGAUGUAUACCGGGACUCGCCAUAAUGUGAGUUUUGAGAUGAUAGAUGCCAUAGCUGAAGCUGAAGGGAUAUCUGUGAGCACCAUACGCUUCAAAAGCAUUGUUUGGAAAAAGGUCUUAUCUUGCUUCUCCGUUAUGCUUGCUAAACCACAAACUUUUAUGAAUGCAAGUGGUGAGUCUGUUGGAUCAAUUGUUUCAUAUUUCCAUGUUCCGCUUAAUCAAGUAGUCCUGAUGUAUGAUGAUCUUGAUUUGCCUUUUGCAAAAUUACGCUUACUGCCUAAGGGUGGACAUGGGGGCCACAAUGGGAUGAAGAGUGUGAUCAACCAUUUGAAAGGAUCUCGAGAUUUUCCACGUCUAAGAAUAGGCAUUGGACGGCCCCCAGGGAAAAUGGAUCCAGCUAGUUUUGUUCUUCGACCCUUCAACAAAAAGGAACGGGAAGAGUUGGAUUUCGCUCUCCAAAGAGGACUUGAGGCAAUAAGGAUUCUUCUUCUUGAAGGAUUAAAUAAAAGUGCAACCUUUGUUAACAGCUCACAACCAUCAGAGCUCAUGAACAGAUGAUAUGCUUUGUCAGAACUAUUUGGGGAAAGAUUAGCCAUAGUUUUUACAGAGUUUCAGAUGAAAUGAUAGACUAAUCGUUUGGUGAUUUAUACGAUUGAUUUUCCAGUGGCAGACAACAACCUAUAUAUUUUAAAACGUGCUACUUCCAAGAUGAUGAUUGCCGCCGCUGCCGGUGAAGCAUGUGGUGCAUUGGCUUUGUUUCUUUGGCAGAGCUUAAAAGAUUGAUUGUUGAAGUAAUAAUGACAUAUUUUUACUUGAUUAUGUGAAGUACUUCCUCAUGAAUGUUUUAUGAUCAUACUCGGAAUUCCUGAGCUACAUGUUGCCCCGCAUGUAUGGUUAAGAUUGAUUAUCGAAGUAAUAAUGACAUAUUUGUACUUGAUUAUGUGAAGUACUUCCUCAUGAAUGUAUUUUGAUGGAACUCCGAAUUCUUGA